AUGGAGGCCGUCGAGAAGCCCCACGCCGUUUGCCUGCCGGCCCCGGCGCAGGGCCACAUAACGCCGAUGCUCAAGUUAGCAAAGAUACUCCACACCCGGGGCUUCUACGUCACCUUCGUCAACACCGAGUUCAACCACCGCCGGCUGCUCCGCUCGCGCGGACCGGCGGCGCUUAACGGCCUCCCGGACUUCCGCUUCGCGUCGAUGCCGGAUGGACUCCCGCCAUCCGACGCGGACGCCACCCAGGAAGUCGGUGGACUGUGUUACUCCAUCAUGACCGCCUUCUUGCCCCACUUCAUGGCGCUUCUUGGCAGGCUCGGUGACCCCAGCUCCGGAGUGCCGCCUGUCACCUGUCUGGUCGUUGACGGCGUCAUGUCGUUCGGCUAUGACGCGGCGAAGGAGAUCGGCGUGCCGUGCGCCGCUCUCUGGACAUCUAGCGCCUGUGGGUUCAUGGGGUACCGCCACUAUCGUCAGCUCAUAGAGCAGGGUUUCGUCCCUUUCAAAGAUGAGUCACAGGUCACGGACAAGGGGCACCUAGACACGGUGGUGCACGGCGUUGCGGGCAUGUGCGACGGCAUGCGCCUGCGCGACUUCCCGAACUUCAUACGCACGACGGACCGCGACGACGUGCUGCUAAACUUCAUCAUGUACAUGUCCGAGCGGCUAUCGCUCCCGGACGCGGUGCUGCUCAACACCUUCGAUGAGCUCGAGGGGCCGGUCCUCGACGCCAUGCGCGCCAUCCUCCCACCCAUGUACACCGUUGGCCCGCUCCACCGCUACGCCAGCCUCGUAGUCCCGGCCGGUACCUCGCUCGACGACCUCGGGUCCAACCUUUGGACGGAGCAGCACGGCCUCCUAGAGUGGCUCGACGGACAGAGCACCCGCUCCGUCGUAUACGUCAACUACGGCAGCAUCACCGUGAUGACGAACGCGGAGCUGCUAGAGUUCGCGUGGGGGCUUGCCAGCUGUGGCUACCCGUUCAUAUGGAACAUCCGGCCGGACCUCGUGAAGGGCGACACGGCCGUGCUGCCGCCGGAGUUCCUGUCGGCCAUCGACGACGGCCGCUCCAUGCUGACAACAUGGUGCUCGCAGGAGAAGGUGAUCGCCCACGAUGCGGUGGGGGUUUUCGUGACGCAUUCUGGGUGGAACUCGACCUUGGAGAGUAUCUGCGCCGGCGUGCCGAUGCUGAGCUGGCCCUUCUUCGCGGAGCAGCAAACCAACUGCCGGUACAAGUGCACCGAGUGGGGGAAUGGGAUGGAGAUCGGCGGAGAGGUGAAAAGGGCAGAGCUCGCGGCGAUGAUACGGGAGGUGAUGGAGGGGGCGAAGGGGCAGCAGAUGAGGAAGCGUGCGGCGGAGUGGAAGGAAAAGGCCGUGCGGGUGACUAUGCCAGGUGGGCCCGUAGAGGUCGGUUUGGACACCGUGAUUCGUGAUGUGCUCUUGGCAACAUUAAGUAAACUUCCGGAAUGA